AUGACGAAAACAGCAUCAGAUUCAAAUAGUGCAGAGCAACACAAGGAGUAUCAAAAUGAUUUACCUGUAAUUAUUGAUGGAAAACCGUAUCCAGAUAUAAAAUUCAAUGCUCUGGAUAUAAUAUCAAAAACUUCAUUUUUUUUGGGAAUUUUAUUAGGUUACUCAUUAGGAUUACUACCAAGAUUUAAGUAUACCAACUUGAUUUGCUACAUCAUUUUUCUCGCUAUAUUUCAUUUUCUAGAAUUUUACCUUACCUCUAAAUUUAACCCAGGAAAGGUUAACAACGAUUCGUUUUUAUUAAAUAACGGGACCGGAUACUUUUAUGCUCAUUCUUUGGCCCUUGCUGAAUUCAUAUUAGAAGUAUGGCUUACUCCUUCCAGCUGGAAAUUAAUUUCAUUUUCCACCGUAAACAAGAUCGUUUUUAGUCUGGGUUUAAUCUUGGUUAUCUUCGGUCAAAUAGUUAGAUCCUUAGCAUUGAUUACCUGUGGAAAGUCUUUUAGUCAUUUAGUUAAACGUGAGAGAUUAGCUGACCAUGAGUUAGUGACCAAGGGAAUAUACAGUUAUAGUCGUCAUCCAAGUUACUGUGGAUUUUUCUGGUUUGCUAUAGGCUUGGAAGUUAUUUGCUUCAACCCUAUUUCUACUGUUGCCUUUGCCAUAGUAUUAUGGAAUUUUUUUUCACAUAGGAUUUCGUAUGAAGAAAAAUAUUUACUAGAAUUUUUCGGUGAAGAUUAUAAAUUAUACAAACAAAACGUUGGUGUUGGUAUUCCAUUCAUUAACUGA